AUGAGCUUUGAUGGAUGGUCCAAUUCGCCGUUCUUGUGUCCGGUUCCGUUGAACGAUCCUUCGACGAUUUGUCAGUUCAUCAGGGACAACUGUGACCGUGAUAAUUUCAAGUACUUGGAGCUUUACUAUUGUUCCGGAAUGGACGCCGUGGUGCCCGGCUGGUUACUGGCGCUUGUGUUUCUUGCGCUGAUUGGCAUGCUGUUUUUCGUUCUUGGGUUUUUGGCCUCAAACAGUUUAACUCCCAACCUUACUUAUCUUGCUAGUUUGCUCAAUCUGGGGGAAAAACUAGCUGGUGUCACUCUGUUGGCCUUUGCCAACGGAUCACCAGAUAUAUUGUCAACAUGGGUGGCCAUGAACUCCGGGUCUACAGGAUUGGCCAUUGGCGAGCUGUUGGGGUCCGCAAACUUUGCUCUCACCGUUGUCAUUGGAACAAUGGCCAUCGUCAGACCGUUCACCGUCGAUUACGCCUCGUUCGUCAAGGACGUGACGCUGUUUCUUGUUCUGAUCGUGCUGUCGUUGCUGUUUCUGUUUGAUGGCAAAAUCAAACUGUACGAAAGCGUGGCCAUGUGUCUGUUGUACGUCAUCUACAUCGCCGUCAACUUCUUCAGCCCGGAAAAACUGCUCGCAGAGACGCAUCCCAAGCUCCACGACGGAACAAGCGCAGAAACACAGUCCACGGCCGUCGACGCGUUCGACCAGAACAUUGAGAGUCUCGAGUCCGGCCGCAGUUUCCGGCUUUCGCUCGCCGACUCCAUCAAACUCGCAUUCAGAACGUGCGAUCUCAACCACCUGAAAAACUACUAUAGAGCAGACGACAGCGAGUUCCAACACUCGCCAGAUAGACAGCGGUCUCCGGAGAUCCAGGUUCCUCAGGUUCCUGCGCAGAUCGUCAUCACGCCCGCCGAGGACGACGAGUUCGUGCCGCAGGAACCCCAGAGCGACGGCAUGCUCACGCCGCCAGACCUCUCGCGCUCGUCGUCGGUCUCGUCCAACGCGUCCAUCUCCACGAUCCUGUCUGCGGAGCCCGUUCCGGUCACGUGGAAAAGCAAGCUCGUGCCCAACUACGGCCGACUUGUCUCGCGAAACAAACCGUUCGAGUCCAUCUACAACAUCGCCACGCUCCCGCUCGCAUGUCUCGUCAACGUGGCCGUGCCUACCCCCGCCAACUCGCCCAAAGAGCUUGCCUUGAACGUGCGGCUGUUCCAUUUCCAGCUUGUGCUGGCCCCCAUGGUGCUGCUGCACCAGGUGUCCGUGAGAACGGUGGAGAUCGCUGCGGUUCUUGAACUGCUCAACGUGCUGGUACUCUCGACGUGGAACUCGCUCUACGUGCGCAUCUUCCCCGCGGUCUCGUCCAUAGCCGGGUUUCUGGGCGGCCUGAACCUCAUCACGGCCGUGGCCGCGGAGAUCGUCGCGCUGCUCAAGAACAUCGGCGUCAUCUACCGCGUCAACGAGUCAUUACUCGGCCUCACUAUUCUCUCCAUUGGAAACUCCAUCGGAGACCUCAUCACCAACAGCACGCUGUCGUCGCUCGGACUUGCUCUCACGGGCCUCCACGCGUGUUUCGGGUCGCCGUUGCUGUACAUUCUGCUCGGUGUUGGGCUCAACUCGCUGAUCGUCAACCUCCGAACCGGCGAGUCGGUCGAGUUCCAGGUGGACGCCCAUCUCAAGCUCUCGAGCUUCAGUCUCAUCACCAUCCUCCUGCUGUAUAUUGUAGUGGUGCCGCUGCGCAACUGGAAAGUCGACAAGCUUGUUGGAUACCUCGCCGUCCUGUUCUGGGUGGCUGUCACGAUGCUGAAUAUCUAUUUUAUAAACUAA